AUGUUCAACGUCCCGGUCUUCAGGUUACCACAACCCACACCGUGGAAGACAUGGUCUUCCCGUCGCCUCAUGUUGACGCUCCACGUCGUCAACGCCCUCGCCCUCCUCUUCGAGGGCUACGACCAAGGUGUCAUGGCCGGCGUCAACGAAUCCCCCGACUACAUCCGUCUCAUGAAUCUCGGACCCGGCAUCAUCGGAAACCUCGUCUCCAAAAACAACGUCAUCAAACAAGGUGGCAUCGUCGCCAUCUACUACCUCGGAUCCAUCGUGGGUGGUUUGUGGGGCGGUGGCCUCUCCGAUAAAUAUGGACGUAUUUUCGGAAUCAUGUUUGGUGUUUUUUGGAGUGUCCUUGGUGGUGCGCUUCAAGCCGGUGCGCAAAACACGAAUUGGAUGCUUUGUGCACGACUCAUCACGGGUAUCGGAACGGGCUUCUUGAAUUGUAUCAUCCCUUCCUACACCGCCGAGACAUCUGAAGCCAAAUCGCGUGGAGGCGCAAUCUCGACCGUGUUCUUGGCGAAUUAUACGGGUAUCACCAUCGCUUACUGGCUCGCAUUCGGCGUCUCCUUCCCCGACCCCGAAGGCUCCUUCCGUUGGCGCUUCCCGCUCGCAUUCCAAUGCGUUCCCGGUAUUCUGUUGGGAAUGUCGAUCAUGUUCAUGCCCGAAUCACCACGCUACCUCAUCAAAGUCGGCCGCGACGAAGAAGCCCUCGAGAUCCUCGCCAGACUCCGCGCGAAUGGCGACGCGAACCAUCCGGACGUCAAACUCGAAUACGCAGAAAUCAUUGAAGUCAUCGAGGAGGAACGGAAGAUGUCGCUUACCAAUGCUCCUUGGCGGAUGAUUCUGGGGCUUGGGACAAAGGGUAGGCAUUUUGCGAGACGUGCGAAUCUGGCCAUGUGGUUGCAGAUUUUGGCUCAGCUUGGGACUGGAAUUAGUGCUACGACGGUGUAUUCUCCGGUGUUGUUUGGACAGGCUGGGUAUGGUGAUGUCAAAGCGCGGUGGUUGGCCUCGCUGAACAAUACCGUCGGAAUCCUGGGUUCGAUCAUCAAUAUCGUCACCAUCGAUCGUCUUGGCCGCCGCAAGCUCUUGAUGGGAGGCGCGGCGCUCUUGGGCGUCUUCAUGUUCCUCACGGGAGGAUUCUCGCAAGCAACAUCCAUGCACCCCGAAAAAUCCGCACAAUUCGGUGCCGCAUCCGCCGCGUUUAUCUUUUUGUUCACCCUCACGUAUUCGUGUACGUGGUGUCUCUGUCCCUUUAUCUACGCCGCGGAAAUCUGGCCAUCCUCCGUCCGUGGACAGGGAAACGCGUUCGGCGUAGUCGGUUGGUCACUCGGACUCGGCGCCGGAACGUUGUCUGUACCAAAGAUGUUGGAAAGCUUGGAUUAUAAUGCGUUUUACGUGUUUGGGGCGUUGAAUGUUGCCUGGGUUCCUGUUGUGUAUUUGUUUUUCCCAGAGACUGCACAGCGCUCGCUCGAGUCGAUUGAGAUCCUUUUCUCGACAAAGUCUCCGCUUAACUUCCAUGAGGAACGGGCGUAUCAGGCUGCUAUUCGGUCCAACCCGGGUCUCGACACCGCCGAACUCUCCGGACUAUCACGGAUGGAGGACCCGGAGAUGGCGGCGAAGCAGACGAAGCAUCAGGAGUAUGCGAGGGGUGGACAUGGAGCUGGUGAGGGCGAGGCGGAGGAUAAGAGGCGGGAGUGGGCGCAUGAGGAGGCGAGUCAAGGGCAGAGGAGGGUGGAGAUGAGUGGGGCGAGUACGGCUGUGCCGAGUGCGGCGCAUUCGAGUGAUGAUGAUGAGAGUUUUGGGGAGAAGAGGGGGUUGUAGAUGGGAUGAU